GACUCGACCCAAGUGGCACCCACGUUUCUCUCCAUAUUUUCCGUUUUCCACGAAAGAAAAUACCUUUUUUUCCUUCCUUCUAACGAAAAAGAAAAAUUUUGGAUUGCCCUGUUUCAAAAACUAUUUCCAACCUGUAAGACAAUUGCAUUGCUAAUCUCUUUUUGGUUUUCAGUUUGUGGGUUGUGCUGCAUUUUCCCUUUGAGGUCAAGUUUUUGUCUUGGUGGUGGUUGUUGAAGACCAGACCAGGUUUCUUUGAAGGUUGAUAUUCUCUGUUCAAGAGUUGGUAGAUUAGCUUGGAGUGACUUUUUGAAGCAGUGUUUUUAGAGGCUGUUGAUUGUAGAGGCUUGGAGAAUUUGGCUUUUACUGUGAAAUUUGCUGUAGAUUUAUCUAUAGUUGCAUAGUUUUGAGAUGAUAUUGGAUCUUUUCCUGAGAAUAUGGAUGUGUAGUUGCACUUUACAUUUUCUCUGAACAUUAAUUUGGAGAAGGAAAAAAUGAGUUAUGUGUCUUUGAUAGCACUGGGGUCGCCUGACAAUUCUCCACUAGCACAGCCAUCAAAUUCAACUACAACCACUUCACCACCACCUACAACAUCACAACCUGACAAGACCACCGACUCUCCGUCCCCUUCGACGCCUGCAACUCCUUCUACCCCUUCAGCACCACCCCCUCAAUCUCCUCCUCCAGCUGUCCCUGCUGCCCCUCCCCCAUCACCACCCACAUCCCCGCCACCAUCAGCAAGUCCUCCUCCAACUUCAUCACCACCAACAACUGCACCUCCAUCGCCACCCGCCGCACCCCAACCAUCACCUCCAGCUGUUGCUUCACCUCCCCCUGAAAAUCCAUCCCCUCCACCACCGGUGGUUGUUUCUACUCCUCCACAGGCCACCCCAUCACCUCCAACCUCUCCACCUCCAACCCCUACACCUCCUCAUAUUAUUGCACCUUCCCCGCCUCCUCCAGCUAAUGAUCCAUCGCCACCUUCCUCCAACUCUCCGCCUCCACCUGUGUCAAACCCACCUAAAAGUGUUCCUGUACCACCUGUUGUUUCAAGUCCCCCGCCUGCAUCUCAAUCUGCUCCUCCACCAGUUACAAGAUCACCCCCUCCACCUACAUUGUCACCACCAGCUCCUUCAGUUCCUUCAUCCUCUUAUCCGCCUGCUUCUCCAAGUAAUUCAUCUACAACUGGAAGUCCUACUACUUCACCUUUACCAUCUAUUCCAACAGAGAAACCAACAGCAAAAUCAACUAAUCUCCCUGCUGUUACAGUGAAUACCUCAUCCAGGAGUGCAGGGGCUUUAGGCACUAGAGGUGCUGCGGCGAUAGGCAUUGCAGUGGGGUUUUUGGUACUAAGUCUUCUUGUUAUGGCUCUGUGGUUUGCACGGAGACAGAAGAGAAAGAGAGCAGGAUCACAUAUUGGUUACACUAUGCCUUCUCCUUUUGCAUCCUCUCAGGAUUCAGAUGCAGCAUUUCUGAAGCCAUAUUCUCCAACUCUCCUAGGAGGAUUUGGUUCGCAUAGUGGUUUCCUAUAUUCAUCACCUGAGUCAAGUGGAGUAAACAAUUCAAAAUCAUGCUUUACUUAUGAAGAAUUAGUUCAGGCCACAAACGGGCUUGCAGUACAUAAUGUUUUGGGUGAAGGUGGAUUUGGUUGUGUCUACAAAGGUGUACUAACUGAUGGAAGAGAAGUAGCUGUGAAACAGUUAAAGAUAGGUGGUGGACAGGGUGAGCGUGAAUUUAAAGCAGAAGUUGAGAUCAUUAGCCGAGUACAUCAUCGUCAUCUGGUUUCACUAGUGGGUUACUGUAUAUCUGAGCAUCAUAGAUUGCUUGUCUAUGAGUAUGUCCCGAACAAUACUCUUUACUACCAUCUUCAUGCUGAAGGCAGAUCAGUGAUGGAUUGGGCAACCCGAGUCAAGGUUGCUGCUGGUUCAGCUCGUGGGAUAGCUUAUCUACACGAAGACUGUCAUCCUCGCAUUAUUCACAGGGACAUUAAGUCGUCAAACAUUCUUCUUGAUAACAAUUUUGAAGCUAAGGUUGCAGAUUUUGGGCUUGCAAAGAUAGCAUUGGAACUGGAUUCAAAUACACAUGUGUCUACACGUGUAAUGGGAACCUUUGGAUACAUGGCUCCUGAAUAUGCAACAAGUGGCAAGCUGACUGAAAAGUCUGAUGUUUAUUCAUUUGGGGUUGUGCUUUUGGAGCUAAUUACAGGUCGCAAGCCUGUUGAUGCCUCUCAGCCAUUGGGUGAUGAGAGCCUGGUUGAAUGGGCCCGACCAUUGCUUGCUAAAGCACUUGAACUCGAAGAUUUUGAAGAAUUGGUGGAUCCGAUGCUGGAAAAGAACUAUGUUGCAAGUGAAAUGUUUCGGAUGAUUGAGGCAGCUGCUGCUUGCGUGCGCCAUUCAGGUGGAAGAAGACCAAAAAUGAGUCAGGUAGUGAGGGCUUUAGACUCAUUAGAUGAGUUAUCAGAUCUUAGUAAUGGAAUGAAACCUGGCCAAAGUGAAAUUUACAAUUCGGCACAAGAUUCUGCACAAAUCAGAAUGUUUCAAAGGUUGGCAUUUGGCAGUCAAGACUACAGUUCAGACUUCUACAACCAAUCACAGAGUAGCUGGGGAAGUCGAGAAUCUGGAGACUUCAUGAACCGGAGUACCUUUAUACCUUAAAUGCAUCAAGAAUAUGGAGCAACGGAAACAAGUUUAAUGGUACCCUGUUGAUCCCAGUUUCAAAGUUCCAACACAUGAUCAGAAAUCAGAAACAGCUUGUUACAGAAAUAUGGUAUUGAUUUUUGUCCAUUUUGGAAUGCGAUUUCAGGCCCCAGAUUGAGAUCUUGACACCAGCCUCCCUACUCAUUUCUUGUACAAUCUCAUUUAUGCAUUUUUCUUCUAACCUAAUACAAUCAAGUUGCAGGACUGUGCCUUUUUUUUUAAUUCCUUAUUAUAUAGCAUCAUACAGCUUCAAUUCAUAUCUGUAUUUGUUAAUUUGGUAUAAAUAUACAUGUUUUAUUAUUUUUUAAAAUUCUCUGAACUCUUCUUUCA